UGAAUAAAAAGUGAAACCAAGUUCGUGAUGGAUUAUCUAUAUUUGCAUGGACAUUUAGAUCUAGAUCAAGAGAGUCUAGAUCUUUCAUAGAUCUAGUUCGACAAUUAUUUUUUUUAGUGUACAUUUGUAAGAUCUAGAUCUAGCCCUUUGUGAGUGGAUGACAGAAAGUAGAAAGUGAAUUGUAACCUAGUUUUUGUUCAGUGUAGCUGUUAAUUGUGCCAUUCUCGCUUGUCGUACAUUCCAGAGUUCGUUGGUAUCACUUCUUUGAACUAUCAUAUCUAUUCAUUGCUCAUUGACGCACAUGUGCCACAAUGAAUCAAUGAUUUGCUUAAUGUAACUUUUAUAUUUGUGUUCAUUUGUGUUACUUAAAGGUAUGACAGUUUUUUCACUGUAAACAAUAAGACUUGCUCUGAAAGCACUCUACCUAAACAUGGAAUUGCUAAACAUGACAGCUUCGCACUUUUGUAUAGAUCCGUUUUGGGAUGCUGGAUUGUCUUGGAACAAUUCAUGGCCUCAGAUCACACAAUGUUUUCAAGACUCCUUGUUGCUGCCACUUCCGUGCUUCAUGCUACUUUUAUAUCUGCCUAUUUAUUGGCUGGGAUAUCUACUUAAACAACAAAAAGGAUCACUCCACAUAGACACAUUAUUUGUUUUUAAAAUGAUAUUUGUCAGUAUUUUAAUUGUGACAGAGAUAAUCACUCUUACAAUGGGCUGUAUACAAUAUUUAGUAGGAUCUGCUGUAUUGGCAAGCUCUGUCAAACUUUUAAGCUUUGCAGCGGUUGGAUGUACUGUGCUACAAGAGUGCAAAAGGUCAAUAAUGAAUUCUUCAGGUCUUUUACUGUUUUGUUGCUUCAUGGUGCUGACUCAUAUUGUGCCAUUUUAUUCUAAAAUUAUUUUAAAGGAAUAUUCAGACCAUCUUACAGUCUUUGCGGCAUUCUACAUCAACUUUGCUGCUCUUUUAGUCUUAACUGUUUUACAUUGUUUCAAUCAUAAGGCUUCUAAGUUUAAGAAUUCCAAAGAAAAAUCUGUUGGUUUGAUUUCGAAGUUGACACUGGGCUGGGUUACAAGGCUGGUACUUAGAGGAUACAAAAAGCCACUGACAGAGAAGGAAAUUGAGCCUUUGAACAACAGUCUUAGCUCAGCUACAGUUGUUCCAGAUUUCCUUUACUUUCUAAACAAGUAUGGCCAAAUGUUCCACAAAAAUUAUGAUCACAAUAAAAGUCAGACUAAAGAGUACUCAAGGGUUAUUAAUGGAAAUUGCCCAUCUAAAAAUCAUCAAAUGUCCAAUGAUUACCCUUUACAAGAAGUGAAAAAAGAUGAUGAGAGCAAUGAGUUUGACCAAUUAAUGAUAGAUUUCUUGCCCAAAACUACAGAGGACUCCAACAGAAUAAGAUUACCAUUAUAUUUAUGGAAGGCUAUCCUGAGAACGUUUUGGAAGAAGGCUCUCUAUGUCUGCUGUUUGGGUCAGAUAGCCAAGUUCUUCACAUUGCUCUGCCCUUUUAUUAUGAAGCUUCUCAUUGAUUUUGCCGGUCAAAAUGAUGAGCCAAUCUGGCAUGGAUACUUUUUAGCUACAAUGUUAUUUGUUACUUCUGUUUUAUCUCAAAUAUUUUUUGAGUAUUAUCUCUACAAUGUCAACAAAACUAGCGUACGGGUCAAAGCAGCAGUAGUCUCUGCUCUCUACAGAAAAAGCUUGUCGUUAAGUAGUGAGUCACAUCAGUCAACAUCAACAGGAGAACUCAUUCAGCUGUUAACCAAAGAUAUUGACACCAUAUGGAAUAUGGUGGAAGAAGGAUUCAGCCUUCCUGAAAGCCCAACAGAAUUUUUUGUGGGCAUCAUAAUGGUUUAUUACACUGUGGGUGUAGCCAUGUUUGCAGGGCUCGGUGCUAUUGCUGUAUUGUUCUGUUUCAAACUGAUGGGCUCACGCAAACAAAUUAAGUUUGAAGAUGAACUAAGAGAAGCUGCAGAUGAAAGAAUAAAGAUAGCCUCUCAAACUUUUACAGGAAUCAAGGUUCUCAAGCUGUAUGCUUGGGAAGAAGCUUUCAAAUCAAUCAUGAACACAAUUAGAAACAAAGAAUUGUUUGCUGUAUUUAAAUUCAAUCUCUUUAGAUUUUUUACUACAUUUGCAUGGACUGGAGCUGUGUUUUGGAUGACGUUUUGUACAUUCCUAGCGUAUGUACUCAUUGAUGAUGCUCACCAUUUGACUGCAUCCACUGCCUUUGUCACCAUUUCUUACCUGGCUAUUGUGCGUAGAGCAACAAACUGUUGGUCUUAUGCUAUCGAUUAUGUCAUAGCUGGCAUGGUUUCAUCCAGACGUAUUGCUAAAUUUUUAGUGCUCCCUGAGAUGAAGGUGGCAUCAAGCGCACAGAGUUCUGGUAACUCAGAGAUGCUCAAAGAUACUGCCAUUCUCCUCCAAGAUGCUACACUGGGAUGGACAUCUUCUGGAAAAGCAAUCUUGAAAAACAUCAGUUUGGAUGUUCCAAAGAAUAGUCUGGUUGCUGUGGUUGGUAUGGUGGGCUGUGGCAAAUCUUCAUUAAUAUCUGCAAUUUUAGGAGAGAUGGACUUACGUUCUGGAGAGGUUCAGAAACAGGGGACCAUUUCCUACAGUCCACAAGAGGCCUGGAUUUUAAAUGACACAGUACGAAAUAAUGUUCUGUUUGAUUCAGAGCUAGACGAAGAAAAGUAUCAGAAAGUAAUUCAGGCCUGUGCUCUAGAGUCUGACCUGGCGGUGUUCCCUGCUGGUGAUAGGACUGAGAUUGGAGAAAAGGGCAUUAAUCUGAGUGGUGGGCAAAAGCAGAGAGUAAGUUUGGCCAGGGCAGUUUACCAGGAGAGUGAUGUGUAUUUACUGGAUGACCCCCUCAGUGCAGUAGAUGCUCAUGUUGGAAGGCACAUCUUUGAUCAUGUCAUUGGAAAAAAUGGAUUACUACACAACAAGACAAGAGUCUUAGUCACUCAUGGUGUUCAUUGGCUUCCAUGGGUGGAUAAAGUUGUAGUGCUUACUGAUGGUCAGGUGUCAGAAGUGGGACCGCUUGAUCAACUGAUGGCUCACAAUGGACCUUUUGCCCAAUUUUUAUCUCAGUACCUUGAACAACAAGAGAAGACACUUCAAAUCGAGGAAAUCAAAGACAGUGGAGACCAUAGACACAGCAAAGCAGUGCUCAGUGACUUGGAGAUAGAAAAUAAUCGAAAGGAUAUAUUUGAACGAUUGCUUUCUAUUGAAUCACAGAAAAGUGAUUAUACAGAAGAACAGGAUGUUGCAAAAGACCACACAUUCCAUGCAAGCAAAGAAAAGAUUUCUAAACAAGUCAGUAUUAAAUCAGACAAAGAUUACCAGGUUGAUGCUCAAAAAAUCAUUGAAGAGGAAGAACUAGCGGGUGGAAGGGUCAGCUGGACUGUGUAUACAACAUUUGGACACCUUAUGGGAUACAUUUCCAUCCUUGUCCUGACUGUAUUGUUCUUAACCGUUUUCGUCUCUGAGCUAGUGGCUGGAUUCUGGUUGACCUACUGGGUGGACAGUCCACUACUGAACAAUGCCUCCAUUCCUGCUGACAGUGUUGAGAGAGCCAAUGAAAAUUACUUCUACUUGAAGGUGUAUAGUGUUUGGGGAAUUCUUGAAACUGUUACUGUUGUCAUUGUUACUGUGGUCAAAGCGUUUCGACACAGACGUGUGGCUCGCAUAAUUCAUGACAAUCUAAUUACUAGUCUCCUGGCAUGUCCAAUCCAGUUCUUUGAUGCAACACCGAUUGGAAGGGUCUUGUCAAGGUUGUCCAAGGAUAUUGGUGUUAUAGAUCUCACCCUUCUUCUUUGGAUGGAGAUAUGGCUUCAUGCUAUGUUCUGUAUUUUCUGUUCUAUUAUCACUGUCAUCAUCAACUUGCCAGUACUGCUAGCAGUCAUCAUUCCAGUCCUAAUACUCUUCUACAUAUUUGAAAAAAUAUAUUUACCAACGUCUUGUCAAAUCCGAAGACUUGAGAGAAAGUGGCUUUCUCCAGUUUUAAGCCAUGCAAGUGAAUCAUAUGCUGGCACAAGCGUUAUCAGGGCUUUAGGCAAAGAAGUCAAGUUUAUGGGAAAAGCUGAAGAGAAAAUAGAUUUCUUACAUAGCAUGACUAUCACUGGCUGUGCUUGUGAAAGGUGGUUGUCCAUGCGCCUAGGGUUUCUGAGUGAUAUCCUUGUCUUUUUUGCCGGUCUGAUGGCUGUUACCUACAAAGAUGACCUUUCACCUGGUCUCAUUGGACUGACCUUGAGCAUAGCAUUAACUGUGACAGGUAAUAUGCAGCUUCAAGUCAGGGUAGCAAGUUUACUGGAGACAGACAUUAUAUCCAUGGAAAGAAUACUUCAAUACACUCAUCUGCCAUCAGAGGCAGCUCGUCAUGUCUCUCAUCCAGGGUGCUCAGUUGACUGGCCAAACACUGGAGACAUUUCUUUUAACAACAUCUCCUUGAGAUACAGACCAGGCCUAGAGAUGGUCUUGAAAAAUGUUUGUUUUCAUAUCAGAGGUCAAGAAAAGAUUGGUGUAGUUGGCAGAACAGGGGCUGGAAAAUCUUCAUUGAUGCUUGCACUUUUCCGCUUGGUGGAACCUUGCCAAGGACAAAUUAUAAUUGAUGGCAUUGAUAUCUCCAAGCUGGGCCUGUAUGAUCUCAGGCAAAAAUUAACCAUACUUCCUCAGGAUCCUCUACUAUUUACUGGAACUCUUCGACUCAACCUUGACCCCUUUGAACAGUAUUCAGAUGAAGAGAUUUGGAAAUCUUUAGAACUUUGUUACCUCAAGACCUAUGUGGAUAAAUUACCAGAAGGUCUGAACCAUCAAGUCGGUGAAAAUGGGAUCAAUCUAAGCAUUGGUCAACGUCAGCUAGUAUGCUUGGGAAGGGCUCUUCUGAGAAAAACAAAAAUCUUGGUUUUGGAUGAGGCGACAGCAGCAGUUGAUGUAGAGACUGAUGAACUUAUUCAAAAAACCAUCAGGUCUCAAUUCAAAGAUUGCACAGUGUUGACAAUAGCUCAUCGUAUUAACACUAUCAUGGAUUAUGACAGAAUUCUAGUUAUGGAUAAAGGACAAGUUUUGGAGUUUGAUUCCCCAUCAUCAUUAUUGAAAGAUGUAAACUCAUUGUUUUAUAAAUUGUCGUCCGAGUCCCACACCUUGCCGCAAUAUAAGGCCUAGCAACUUGACUUGACUCGUGUCACAUGAGACAAGCUGCAGCUUUACUUUUGUCAUUUACUUAUUUUAUUAGAAAACAAGUAACUCUUGAUCCAUGUACAAGAAUGAUGCCACUUUUACAUGAAUUGUGUUAUAGCACAAUUUUACAUUUUUAUUUUAAAUAAACAUAUUUUAAUGUAAGUUUUAUUAUUUAUAUUUCAGUAUUUGUCAACUGCCAUUUUAUAUUUUUAUUUUAAUUGCAUUUUCUUUAAUGUGAUGCAUUUAGCCUAUAUUUUUAGGUUUGUUGACUUGUUAUUAUUGUAUACACUUUUAUGUGAUACAUUACCCAAAAUAAUUUUAAUAUUUACUAAUUUUCUGUAAGAUUUAAAAAUAAAAAAAUAUCAUUGCU